UAGUAGUAAAGUAGUGCACGUUAAAUUCGCGGAAUAGUGUCGGCCGUUGGUUACUAUAGCAACAUUACAUUUGUUUACAAGUAUCGCCUGCAAGUGCACUCAUCCACGCAGUAUAUGUACACAUAUAUGUACAUAUCUAGACAAUACGUUGCUUAACAUUACAAUAGUGGAGCAUUGAACCACUCGUUAAAUAUACUAACAAAAGCAUAGUAUAUGCUUGGCCACCACUGAUUUAUACAACCACAUAUGUACAUAUGUACGUAGAUAUCUACAAAUUUAAAGUAAUUACAUUUAUUCCUAAGUGUACAAAUUUUUAACUAAAAUGGCACGGAUUGCAGCGAGCGUAGCCAGCGCAUUUGAAAAUGAUUCUGAGAUGAAGGCCAUGGAUGCUAAUCGAUAUGCGACCAAAAAAACUAUCGCCCAAGGUAUGCUGGACAUCGCUCUGCUGACCGCUAAUGCAUCCCAAUUGAAAUAUGUACUACAAGUAGGAGAGCAACAUCAGUUUUAUAAACUAAUGCUAGUCAUGAUUAGUCUUUCGAUAAUCUUACAGCUGCUGGUUGGAAUACUUUUUGUAAUUAUUGGCAGUCUAAAUAUUAAUCACCAAAAUGAUCAAAAAGCUGCAAUCGUUAUAAACGACAUUAUUCUGGUUGUAAUUUUCGUGAUAUCAGUCAUAAACGUGAUAAUAUCGGGAUUCGGCAUCGAAUACUCAUCACAGCCUCUAAUACUCUUAGAAAAUGUUGGGAAGAAGCAGCCUUAAAACUUUUCUAAGUAAAACAACAUUUAUAAUUUAUUAUAAUUUAAACCUGGAAGUGCAUGAUUCGUUUGUUUCUAUUUGACUUCGUACAGUUUUAGUUGUGAGGCAGCUGUUGACUUAUGCAAAAGUUUGUAAAGGUAUUACACCCACCAGAGGGAGUCCGUUGCAUCCAUUUCGGUAACGAGAGUUCGAUGUCAGUCGAUCGCAUGCAAAACGCAGAGGGAUGCCACAAUGAAAGUAUUGACUUAUAAAAACAAUCCCGUUGUUCUGCAAGGUGGCGCAAAAUUAAUAAUCAUCAUUUGGUUUUUGAAUAAAUUUUUUACUAUUGUAAAUAAAAAAAAUUAUUUUGAGUGAUGGAAAUCUAUAUUUUGACUUUUACGCGCUCCAUUGUUUGUCUAUUUGCAGCUGUUAAGUUCAAAAGUGUCAAAUAUGACUGACGUAGGACGCCAUUUGCAAAAAUUAUAUAUAAUAUUUUCCUAUGGGGUGAUUAAUUUUGUGCCACCUUGUUGUUCGUAAUAUAAAUGAAAAUGUAGAUGAAAAUAUCAACGAGAGUGAUGAUGUAUCCCCCAUCUGUAAAAAAAGGCGGAUAUGUGCUUUUUGUCCUUAGAAUUUACUCCGUAUGGCAAAAUCUUGUUGUGCUAAAUGCAGGAAAAGCUUGCGCAAAUAUUUAUACUAUUUUUUGAUUCCAUUGUGGAACAACAUCAAGACGCAUGCCACAAAUAGGAGGAGAAGCUCUACCAAGUGGCGAUUCAAUAUCUUAGUGAGGUUAUCACUAAUUCCAUCAUUGCUCGCAAAUGCCGGACAUCUCUUAACGAGAUGUUACUUUUCUGUUACUGUCCCGCUUGGCAUCCCACUUGGUUUAGAUACGUCGGCUCAUGGAUGGACAAUGGAUGGACAACGGGCUGAGUGAGUUGGCUUAGAGACCGACUGCAAAUUCAACCUACUUACCUUUGAGAAUUCAGUAUUUUUUUAUAUUACUCAUACAAUUAAAUAAACUGAGAUUUCUGGCUUCAAUCCAAAACACACUAAAUACUAAAACUGUGAAAAAUUUUCUAAAUUUUUGUGGCCGAAAUUUCUUUAGAGCCCUUUUCAAAUGUCCGUUGUCAAUUCGACGAAGCAUGGACUUUACGCAUAAAAACGAAGCAUGCACUUCUAAGGUUUAAGUAAUUUAUGUAAAUACAUAUUAGACAUCAGACACCAAGAGAGCGAAUGCUCAAAUUUAACAGCAGUUGAGUAUUAUUCGCAUGUAAUAAGAAAAAUGGAAAAUGUAUGUAAAUUUUAGACAUCAGAUACCAAGAGAGCGAACUGCACAAAUUUAACAGCAGUUGAGUAUUAUUGGUAUGUAAUUAGAGAAAAGGAAAAUAGGAAAAGAAAAGGACCUUAUACGUUCUUUGUUCGACAAUGUUAAAGCCAUGGGCUAGCUAAAGGCGUUAUUCUAAUAGGCUCAUUAAUAAUAUAUUUAAUUUUUACCAUUUUUUAGUUAUUUCAUUUACAUUUCAAUAAAAUUAAAAAAAAAAUGUCACUAAAAAGUAUUCUCAAAUCAAUAGUGGCUAUUAUUAUGGUACUAGAAAGAGCAACUUGUGCAAAAAUAUAUCAACUUUAUAAUUAGUAAAUACUUUUGAUAAAAUAUUAUUAAUUCCUCAACUAAAUCAAAAUGAUAACUGCAUAUGUAAAAUUAUUCAUGCCGACGUGCAAAAAGCCAAACACGCAUAUCUAAUUACUUCUUUAUACUCGUACAUGCACACAAACUUCAACAUGGCAAGAUGGCAUACAGUCUGUCUAAUGGAAGUGUGACCGGAAAAAUUCAACCUUAGAGUUCCGUUAUGGACAAAAAAAUUAAAUUCUGCUAAAUAGGUGCAUCCAUUUCGUAAUAUGCGUUGUGCGAAUUGUUAGUUUUGUGAGAAAUUUAGAAAGCGUAAGUUCUUUUUACUAAAUGAGUUCCGUGUAUGAAAACCGAUUUGAAGAAGUAUUCCUAUGUACACACCCUAUAGAUCCAAAAAUGUCAUUUGUACCUGCAACAAAAUAUUUGAAGAUGUCGAAGACGCUCAUAAAUAAAUAAGUGCAACGGUAAACCAAAGUUAAAAACGUUGACGACUUCCCGGAAGAGGCAAAAAAAAACUACCUCUCCAAAGCAAUAUCAAAAGAUCAUUGAUUUGCUUGUCACAAAGCUGAACUUAUCGCUACGUAAAUCUGAAGUAUAUAAUUUUAUGGAAAAGUGGUGAUAAUGUAUGCAAAGGCGCGAUGUUUACGUGCAGAAGACCUCAAAUUCCGGAGCACAUUGAAAAAAUCACUCCUCUCAUUAGCACACGAAAACGGACUUGCAUGGGCUAAGGCAAAUUCAGAAGGGGAUUGGGCAAACUUAAUAUUCACGGAUAAAUCUUCCUUUUGGGGCGAAUAGUUGCAUAGAUCGAUUCUGGUGUUCUGCUGAUAAUCGACAACUUUAACGAACUGUGAAACACCUAGUUAAGGUUCAUGUUUAAGGGGUUAUAUACGGUUAGAAGGCCGAAAAAAAACGAGUUUUCCAGAAUUUUUUCUGAGAAUACUUUUAAAUUUAUUGGUUUUGAUUUUUGAACUAUGAUAUUGAGAAAAACGCGUUUAAAGUUUGCCUUGUACUUUGAAGCCCUCUGAAACGACUUUUUUAAUUUUCGUGUAACUUCGAAAAUAUUCACCGGAAAUAUUAAAUUUUCUCUGUGUAUUCCUAAAUAUAUGUACAUUAAGAAAAAAAUAAAAAUAAAUAGGUUUUUUGAAAAUUCCAUCCCCUUAGGGCUGCUUCUCCGAAAUAGGAUUUGGCCGUCCAUUUGUGUUUACCACAAAUUUGAAUGCAGUUUUGAAUUUAGCAAAACUCAUUAUUUCCGUCAGCUGCGAAGAUGUUUGGAAGAACCAGCCAACUUUGGAUUUUACAAGGGGAUAACGAUCCCCAGUAUCGAGAUCGAAGGUGUGUAGAGUGAAAGCAGCAAAUUGAAUUGAAAUGUUGGAUUGGCCUCCACAGUCACCUGAUGUCAACUCUAUUAAAAAUCUGAUUGUACUAAAAAUGUAUUGUAGUUAAGCAAAAACUGAAAAACUCACAAAUAUGGACGAUCAAACAGUUAUCAAGGCGAAUUCGGCUGAUUUGGAGAGCAGAAUCUAACACAAAUCAUGACUCGAAGAAGUGGAGCCAUUUUUUAUUGAAUAUACCAUAUUGCGUAUUACAAAUAUUAUAAGCCCUGCAGUUUAUUAAAAUCGAAUUAGUAAAUAGUUUCCAAGUUAUGGCGGUCACGUUUCCACUAGACAGACUGUAUGUGCGUACAUAAAUGUAUGUAUGUGAACUUGCAUACAUAUGCGGCCAUUUGCAAAAAUUAUAUAUAAUAUUUUCCUAUGGGGUGAUUAAUUUUGUGCCACCUUGUUGUUCGUAAUAUAAAUGAAAAUGUAGAUGAAAAUAUCAACGAGAGUGAUGAUGUAUCCCCCAUCUGUAAAAAAAGGCGGAUAUGUGCUUUUUGUCCUUAGAAUUUACUCCGUAUGGCAAAAUCUUGUUGUGCUAAAUGCAGGAAAAGCUUGCGCAAAUAUUUAUACUAUUUUUUGAUUCCAUUGUGGAACAACAUCAAGACGCAUGCCACAAAUAGGAGGAGAAGCUCUACCAAGUGGCGAUUCAAUAUCUUAGUGAGGUUAUCACUAAUUCCAUCAUUGCUCGCAAAUGCCGGACAUCUCUUAACGAGAUGUUACUUUUCUGUUACUGUCCCGCUUGGCAUCCCACUUGGUUUAGAUACGUCGGCUCAUGGAUGGACAAUGGAUGGACAACGGGCUGAGUGAGUUGGCUUAGAGACCGACUGCAAAUUCAACCUACUUACCUUUGAGAAUUCAGUAUUUUUUUAUAUUACUCAUACAAUUAAAUAAACUGAGAUUUCUGGCUUCAAUCCAAAACACACUAAAUACUAAAACUGUGAAAAAUUUUCUAAAUUUUUGUGGCCGAAAUUUCUUUAGAGCCCUUUUCAAAUGUCCGUUGUCAAUUCGACGAAGCAUGGACUUUACGCAUAAAAACGAAGCAUGCACUUCUAAGGUUUAAGUAAUUUAUGUAAAUACAUAUUAGACAUCAGACACCAAGAGAGCGAAUGCUCAAAUUUAACAGCAGUUGAGUAUUAUUCGCAUGUAAUAAGAAAAAUGGAAAAUGUAUGUAAAUUUUAGACAUCAGAUACCAAGAGAGCGAACUGCACAAAUUUAACAGCAGUUGAGUAUUAUUGGUAUGUAAUUAGAGAAAAGGAAAAUAGGAAAAGAAAAGGACCUUAUACGUUCUUUGUUCGACAAUGUUAAAGCCAUGGGCUAGCUAAAGGCGUUAUUCUAAUAGGCUCAUUAAUAAUAUAUUUAAUUUUUACCAUUUUUUAGUUAUUUCAUUUACAUUUCAAUAAAAUUAAAAAAAAAAUGUCACUAAAAAGUAUUCUCAAAUCAAUAGUGGCUAUUAUUAUGGUACUAGAAAGAGCAACUUGUGCAAAAAUAUAUCAACUUUAUAAUUAGUAAAUACUUUUGAUAAAAUAUUAUUAAUUCCUCAACUAAAUCAAAAUGAUAACUGCAUAUGUAAAAUUAUUCAUGCCGACGUGCAAAAAGCCAAACACGCAUAUCUAAUUACUUCUUUAUACUCGUACAUGCACACAAACUUCAACAUGGCAAGAUGGCAUACAGUCUGUCUAAUGGAAGUGUGACCGGAAAAAUUCAACCUUAGAGUUCCGUUAUGGACAAAAAAAUUAAAUUCUGCUAAAUAGGUGCAUCCAUUUCGUAAUAUGCGUUGUGCGAAUUGUUAGUUUUGUGAGAAAUUUAGAAAGCGUAAGUUCUUUUUACUAAAUGAGUUCCGUGUAUGAAAACCGAUUUGAAGAAGUAUUCCUAUGUACACACCCUAUAGAUCCAAAAAUGUCAUUUGUACCUGCAACAAAAUAUUUGAAGAUGUCGAAGACGCUCAUAAAUAAAUAAGUGCAACGGUAAACCAAAGUUAAAAACGUUGACGACUUCCCGGAAGAGGCAAAAAAAAACUACCUCUCCAAAGCAAUAUCAAAAGAUCAUUGAUUUGCUUGUCACAAAGCUGAACUUAUCGCUACGUAAAUCUGAAGUAUAUAAUUUUAUGGAAAAGUGGUGAUAAUGUAUGCAAAGGCGCGAUGUUUACGUGCAGAAGACCUCAAAUUCCGGAGCACAUUGAAAAAAUCACUCCUCUCAUUAGCACACGAAAACGGACUUGCAUGGGCUAAGGCAAAUUCAGAAGGGGAUUGGGCAAACUUAAUAUUCACGGAUAAAUCUUCCUUUUGGGGCGAAUAGUUGCAUAGAUCGAUUCUGGUGUUCUGCUGAUAAUCGACAACUUUAACGAACUGUGAAACACCUAGUUAAGGUUCAUGUUUAAGGGGUUAUAUACGGUUAGAAGGCCGAAAAAAAACGAGUUUUCCAGAAUUUUUUCUGAGAAUACUUUUAAAUUUAUUGGUUUUGAUUUUUGAACUAUGAUAUUGAGAAAAACGCGUUUAAAGUUUGCCUUGUACUUUGAAGCCCUCUGAAACGACUUUUUUAAUUUUCGUGUAACUUCGAAAAUAUUCACCGGAAAUAUUAAAUUUUCUCUGUGUAUUCCUAAAUAUAUGUACAUUAAGAAAAAAAUAAAAAUAAAUAGGUUUUUUGAAAAUUCCAUCCCCUUAGGGCUGCUUCUCCGAAAUAGGAUUUGGCCGUCCAUUUGUGUUUACCACAAAUUUGAAUGCAGUUUUGAAUUUAGCAAAACUCAUUAUUUCCGUCAGCUGCGAAGAUGUUUGGAAGAACCAGCCAACUUUGGAUUUUACAAGGGGAUAACGAUCCCCAGUAUCGAGAUCGAAGGUGUGUAGAGUGAAAGCAGCAAAUUGAAUUGAAAUGUUGGAUUGGCCUCCACAGUCACCUGAUGUCAACUCUAUUAAAAAUCUGAUUGUACUAAAAAUGUAUUGUAGUUAAGCAAAAACUGAAAAACUCACAAAUAUGGACGAUCAAACAGUUAUCAAGGCGAAUUCGGCUGAUUUGGAGAGCAGAAUCUAACACAAAUCAUGACUCGAAGAAGUGGAGCCAUUUUUUAUUGAAUAUACCAUAUUGCGUAUUACAAAUAUUAUAAGCCCUGCAGUUUAUUAAAAUCGAAUUAGUAAAUAGUUUCCAAGUUAUGGCGGUCACGUUUCCACUAGACAGACUGUAUGUGCGUACAUAAAUGUAUGUAUGUGAACUUGCAUACAUAUGCGGGUGCGCGCACUUGCCACAACAAAAAUAUUCGCUAAAAAUACUCAAGAAGUACAGCGAACAUUCAUAGGUACAAUAUUGUGCCAAAAAGUAUUAAUCCUUUGCGGUCGAUGCCGCAGUGCCGGCAUUCGCAAGUCGUCGUAAAAGUCGAUGCCGCGGCAAGAUGUCAUUAAGAGGAAAGGAACGUUUUUUGGCAUCAGUAGAGUUGAGAUCAGAAAAAAUAAGUUUCAAUGAAUUCUAGGUUUUUAAUAUCACAUAUUUGCUUUAAAUCAUUAAGGGAGAAAUAACUCCGAAAAGCUAAAUUAGCCGUGACUAGCUGGGAGAGAGAAAUUUGCCGAUCGCAAAGGGUUAAUUAUAACGUCAUGAAGUAUGAACAACAUUUCUUCAUAAUUUACUUAGGCCCACGUUUUAGGCCUUUAGUAUGAAGUAUUUUAUAAUUAUUUGAUAAUGUGAAUUUGUAUAUUUAAGACGAAAACUGUGUAAUAAACCUAUGAAAUAAAAAGUGAUAUUGAUUGAAAAA